AUGCUGUCUCUAUCUCUCAUUUCACUCCUUUGCCCCGUCGUACUCGCAGCGAGCUCUGGCUGUGGAACUCGCUUGCCCUCGGGGCUCACACCGGGCAAAUCUACUACCAAUGUCACUUUGUCUUCGAAAUCGGUGAUCGGCAACAUAACCGAGCGCCAAUACAUCUUACACUUGCCAUCCAAGUACAAGGCCUCGAAUGAUGAAGCGUUGCCUCUUGUGAUUGCGUUCCAUGGUCAACAACAGCCCGCAAGAAGCAUGGAGGUCAUCAGCGAGCUGUCCAAUCCUGACUUCAACCCAAACACCAUCGUGGUGUAUCCGGAGGGCAUGAAUGUCCAAGCACCUGGCGUGCAAUGGCUAGGCGACCCGUUGGCACCAACGUCUUCUGUGAUCGACGAUCGAAUCUUUGUCACCGAACUUCUUGCACACCUGACAUCGAACUUAUGCAUCGAUGAGAGCCGCGUUUACGCCGCAGGCCUAUCUAACGGUGGCGGAUUGACUGGACUUCUCAUGUGUGAUGCGGAACUCAACAAGAAAUUCGCUGCAUUCGCAACCGUGGCAGGCUCGUUCUAUCCGGAUUCAAGCUUGACAGAGCCUCUGUUCGAGAAGGAUUGCGUUCGGAGCUUAGAAGAUAGGGUACUCCCUUACAUGAACCUGCACGGGCUGAACGAUAGUGUGGUCCCCUACGACGGCAGCAGCCCAACGCCACCACCUUUCAUCCCAGUACUGAGUUGGGUUGAGAGCUGGGCGAAGCGUGACAAUUGUGCGACCAACCCCUCAAAGGAGCAACUGGAAAACGGAAGCGUUGCAGAGAGUCGAUGGCGGUGUAACGAUGUUGAUGAUGUCGUUGUUCACAGAGCGAUCCAGGGGUUUGGUCACGGCUGGCCGAGUCGCAAGAAUCAAGGCGAGCCUUUCGAAACACUUCGGAACGGGCCCACAUCAUGGAAUGCGACGCCAUACAUGUUGGAUUGGUUCGCACGAUGGUCUUUGUAA